AUGUCGUCGGGGCCAUCAUUACCCACCGCGAAGGCCAUUCAUGUCGAGACACGGGGUGCGGUGAUCCUCGACGAGGAGUCACCUGAGACCCGGGACAGCAGAGGGAUCUACCUGCCCAAUUACAUCGAGCCCGUCUCACACAUUGCGGUAGACAUCGGCGGCUCUCUCGCGAAAGUCGUUUACUUUACUCGUUCCCCGGACCCACCGCGCUCGCCGUCAAUAGCAGCGACGAGGGGCUCCAGCGUCGUCAGCGACCUCGCCUCGCCGCUGUCGUCGUCUCCCCCACGAGAUACCCCUGUUUCGUCCUCACCGCCCACCGCGAGCCGGUCCAACUCCAAGUUCAACGGCGCGCUCACACCGGCCGUGCUCGACCCACAGAAUGGCCAUGCCAUCGCAAUGCCGACCGAGGUGCCCUCCGCCAUCGACCACAGCUUCCUGCACGAGUCGCUCCUGCGGCGCGCCUCCGUGCAGCACUUCCCCGGCGGACAGCUCAACUUUGAGCGCUUCGAGACGGAGCACAUCGAGGACUGCAUCGCGUUCAUCCAGGCGCUCAUUGAGCGCAGCGCGAAGCUCAAUGGUGUGUCCAUCGAGGAGAUGCGCCGCGGUGUGAAGAUUAUGGCGACUGGCGGCGGCGCGCACAGGUUCUACGAGCUCUUCGGGCGCGAGCUGCUCGUCGAGGUGCGCCGCGAGGACGAGAUGGAGUGCCUAAUCGAGGGCCUCAAGUUCAUCACGCUGAUUCCGGACGAGGUGUAUUACUUCUCGGACGAGCUCAUCAGCGCGGUCUCGCACCCGACACCAGCACUGCUCGAGCGCCCCAGCCCAGACCCGCCCAAGUACGCGGUUACUUUUGAGCAGCAUCCAACACCACAACUGCCGUGCCUGCUUGUGAACAUCGGCUCUGGUGUCUCGAUUAUCAAAGUGGACGAGGACGGAUCAUUUGAGCGUGUCAGCGGUACGAGUCUGGGCGGGGGAACAUUAUGGGGAUUGUUGAGUCUCCUGACGCCAGCGUCUACAUUUGACGAAAUCUUGGAGCUGUCGGAGAAGGGCGACAACAACAAAGUGGACAUGCUCGUUGGCGACAUUUAUGGGCAAGACUACAGCAAGUUCGGGCUGAAGUCUACCAUGAUCGCGAGCUCCUUCGGGAAGGUGUUCAAGAAGCGAGACAAGAAGGGCUCGUUCACUCCAGAAGACAUCAGCAAAAGCCUUCUCUAUGCCGUGUCGAACAACAUAGGGCAGAUAGCGUAUAUGAAUGCGGAGAAGUACAAUCUCGACCGCAUCUACUUUGGAGGAUUCUAUAUCCGAGGCCAUGCGGCAACUAUCAGCACGCUCUCAUACGCUAUCCGGUUCUGGAGCAAGGGCACGAAGCGGGCAUUGUUUCUACGGCAUGAAGGCUUUCUCGGUGCGAUUGGUGCAUGGAUCAAGAACAUUGGAGAAGAAGGGCAGGAAGAAGCAUCAUCAUAA